CGCGGAAGCAGAAGACCCAGGGACCGUGGAACGCACCUGCGUUCCAGCAUUUCCUCCCUGCGCUUUAACAAUGAGCUGUGAAGCUGAUCCGCCGCUGCUGCAGCUCCUCUUUACUUGGGGAGCUAACAGUUAUGGACAACUUGGACAUAGUAACCGGGAUGAUUUACUGUUACCACGGCAACUUAUGGGAUUCCCAGACAACCAGCAAAUCAUAAAGAUUAUUAGUGGAGGGGGAGGUUUUUCCGCUGCUAUUACUGAUACAGGGCAGUUAUAUGUCUGUGGUCAUAAUAAGGACGGCCAGCUGGGUCUGGGUAAUACAGAGGACGUGACGCAUUUCUCGUUGUGUACUAUUUUAUCGGACGUACGUGUGUCUCAAGUGACGUGUGGGUGGGACUUCAUGAUAAUCCUGACAGAAAAUGGUCAGCUUUUAUCUUGCGGAUCUAACAAAUACAGCCAACUUGGAAUACCUCAGAUGGAAACAUGUCGAUCUCCUACUCAAAUUGAAGUUUUCAAAGAGAAAGUGGUAGAUGCUGCAGCUGGUCUAAGACAUGCGCUUGCCCUCACAGAAAGUGGACACAUUUUCCAGUGGGGCACUGGCUUGGCAUCUCAGGCUAAACGAUAUUCCCAAGGAAAACCCCUCCCAAGUUUUCUCACGGCUAAGGAACCGUGCCUUGUUCCAGGUUUGGAAAAUGUACAUGGGAAGAAAGUAACUGCUGGAUCAUUUCAUUCAGUGGCUUUAAUGGAUUCCGGGGAAUUAUAUGUCUGGGGUAACAACAAAUACAGACAACUGUUGCAAAACAACUUAUACAUUAUUGAACCACACAAAAUAACAAAUCACUUUUUUUCUGGAGAGAGGAUUGAAAACAUUUGGAGUGGAUGGACACAUCUUGUAGCACAAAGUGGCACAGGCAACAUUUUUACGUGGGGUCGAGCAAAUUAUGGUCAAAUUGGACGUCUGAUCGGUGUCCAGGACAAGAAGGAACAGGCGAUAGAGCUUGAUGACGGUAUCUGCAAUAAAGAAAGUAUAGAAUAUCCAGCCUGCAUUCCGUGCUUAACUGGUGCAUCACAGAUUGCGUGUGGAUCUGAACAUAAUUUAGCAGUAUGUGGAAAUGAGCUUUAUUCAUGGGGAUGGAAUGAACAUGGCAUGUGUGGUAAUGGAUCAGAAGAAAAUGUGCCAAUUCCAACUUUGGUCGUUAUCCCUCAUACCCCAAGAGUCAAACUGAUUGGAUGUGGAGCAGGACACUCAAUGGUUCUUUGUAUAUCAUCAGGUUAGAGCAUAUCAUCCUGUCAUCCAUUCAGGGGAAGAUUACUUUUACAAACAUAUCAAAACCUCUAAAGAAGAACCUAGAAUGAUCCUCAAAAGCUCUGAUUAUUUUCUAUGUAUCAAAUAUAUAUUUUUAGAGAUUGCUAAGAUACAAAUAAACAUAUUUCUUAUUA